ACAUAGGAGGAGCAACGUGCGGGAAAUGCAGCGAAGAGUUCGCGGUGGCUCGUGCAGCACGCAAGCAGAGGGUGGUGGUGCACCACGGCACGAUUGCAUCCGGCAACCAGGUGAUGGAGGAUGCUGCUGAGAGAGACAGGGUCAGCGCGGAACUUGGUGGAGUAUUGUGCUUUGAGAUGGAGGCGGCAGGGCUGAUGAACAGUUUCCCGUGUCUUGUGAUCCGCGGCAUCUGCGACUAUGCGGACUCACACAAGAACAAGCGGUGGCAAGCCCACGCGGCAGGGACAGCGGCGGCGUACGCAAAGGAGUUGCUGUCGGUGAUUCCAACGGCAGAGGUGAUGAAAAUACGCCGGGUGGAAGAUGCCAUGAAUGGCGCAAGCAAACGGUGCCUUCAGCCAUCAUUUCCUGAUCAUGCUACACAUAAGCGUAAAAGGAUCGACAUCAGUGGCACAGAGAAUGAUUUUGCAGAGUAAGUCAGUUAUGUCUCUGAGUGACCCUGUCCCACUGGAACUCUGCUGACUGUAAUAGGCAGCAAACUGUCACGCUUCCCAUCCAACAUC